GCCCAUCUCCACCCCCACAUCUGAGCAAGUCAUUCAGCUUGUGCAUGAGUGUCAGCUCCUACCGGGUGUAAUGGUACUCUGCGGAAACCCUUGCUGCAAAUAAAUACCGGUGGAGUUAUCAAGAGGAUUAGGGGAAGAGGGCCACAUUGAACGACGGGGAGCUGCGCAGGGCUAGUAGGAGACAGGGAGCGCGUGGCAGGAGAGGGGCUCUCUUUCCUUCCAGAGCACACCGCUAAUCGCGUAGAAUAUGGCGGAGCAGCACACAGGCACCGACGGCAAGCACAAAGCUUCCACGAAUGCCGGGAGCACGCUUCUGGCUAAUAGUCGGCCCAGCGCUGGAGGAGCCAGAGGAAGCCUGUCGGGGGGACUGACACAGCCAGCGGGGUGGCAGUCGUUGCUGUCGUUCACCAUACUCUUCCUGGCCUGGUUGGCAGGCUUUAGUUCGAGACUGUUCGCAGUGAUUCGGUUCGAGAGCAUCAUCCACGAGUUUGACCCAUGGUUCAACUACAGGUCGACUCAUCACCUCACGACAAAUGGGUUCUACGAGUUCCUCAACUGGUUCGACGAGAGAGCGUGGUACCCCCUGGGGCGGAUCGUGGGAGGAACUGUGUAUCCGGGUCUGAUGGUCACAGCAGGCCUUAUCCACUACGUGCUGAACCUGCUGCACGUGACGGUGCACAUCCGGGACGUUUGCGUCUUCCUGGCCCCCAUCUUCAGCGGCCUGACCUCCAUCUCCACCUUCCUGCUGACGCGGGAGCUGUGGAACCAGGGUGCAGGGCUGCUGGCCGCCUGCUUCAUCGCCAUCGUGCCCGGCUACAUCUCCCGCUCCGUGGCCGGCUCCUUCGACAACGAAGGCAUCGCCAUCUUCGCUCUGCAGUUCACCUACUACCUUUGGGUGAAGUCGGUGAAAACCGGCUCGGUCUUCUGGACUAUCGGAUGCUGCCUCUCCUACUUCUACAUGGUAUCCGCGUGGGGAGGCUAUGUGUUCAUCAUUAAUCUGAUCCCCCUCCACGUGUUUGUACUGCUGCUCAUGCAGAGAUACAGCAGGAGAGUCUACAUCGCGUACAGCACGUUCUACAUCGUGGGCCUGGUGUUAUCCAUGCAGAUUCCCUUCGUAGGCUUCCAGCCAAUCAGGACCAGCGAACACAUGGCGGCAGCAGGUGUGUUCGCCCUGCUCCAGGCCUACGCCUUCCUGCAGUACCUGAAGGAUCGCCUCACCAAGCAGGAGUUCCAGACCCUCUUCUUUCUGGGAGUGUCACUGGCUGCCGGAGUCGUGUUCCUCACCGUCAUAUACCUGACCUACACAGGGUACAUCGCACCGUGGAGUGGCCGAUUCUACUCUCUGUGGGAUACAGGGUACGCCAAGAUCCACAUCCCCAUCAUCGCCUCCGUGUCGGAGCACCAGCCCACCACCUGGGUCUCCUUCUUCUUCGACCUCCACAUCCUGGUCUGCACCUUCCCGGCAGGCCUCUGGUUCUGCAUCAAAAACAUCAACGAUGAGCGCGUCUUCGUGGCGCUGUACGCCAUCAGCGCGGUGUACUUUGCGGGGGUGAUGGUGCGGCUCAUGCUGACCCUCACGCCCGUGGUGUGCAUGCUGUCGGCCAUCGCCUUCUCCAACGUGUUCGAGCACUACCUGGGAGACGACCAGAAGAGGGAGAACCCCCCCGCCGAGGACAGCAGCGACGAGGACGACAAGAGGAACUCUGGCAACCUUUACGACAAGGCCGGAAAGGUGCGCAAGCACGUGUCUGAGCAGGAGAAGUCGGAGGAGGGUCUGGGGCCCAACAUUAAGAGCAUCGUCACCAUGCUGAUGCUCAUGCUGCUCAUGAUGUUCGCUGUGCACUGCACCUGGGUCACCAGCAACGCCUACUCCAGCCCCAGCGUGGUGCUGGCCUCCUACAACCACGACGGGACGCGGAACAUUCUGGACGACUUCCGCGAGGCGUACUACUGGCUGCGUCAGAACACGGACGAGCACGCACGGGUCAUGUCCUGGUGGGAUUACGGCUACCAGAUAGCAGGGAUGGCUAAUCGGACAACCCUGGUGGACAACAACACCUGGAACAACAGCCACAUCGCCCUGGUGGGCAAAGCCAUGUCCUCCAACGAGAGCGCAGCCUAUCAGAUCAUGCAGAGCCUGGACGUGGACUACGUGCUGAUCAUUUUCGGGGGUGUGAUUGGCUACUCCGGGGAUGACAUCAACAAGUUCCUGUGGAUGGUGCGGAUAGCGGAGGGGGAACACCCCAAGGACAUUCGGGAAAGCGACUACUUCACCCCUCAAGGGGAGUUUCGGGUGGACAAGGCCGGCUCUCCCACCCUGCUCAACUGCCUCAUGUACAAGAUGUCCUACUACCGCUUUGGCGAGAUGCAGCUGGACUUCCGGACGCCGCCGGGCUUCGACCGGACGCGCAACGCGGAGAUCGGGAACAAGGACAUCAAGUUCAAGCACCUGGAGGAGGCCUUCACCUCGGAGCACUGGCUGGUGCGCAUCUACAAGGUGAAGAAGCUGGAGAACCGCGAGCCGCUGGACCACAAGCCGCGCGUCUCCAACAUCGUCUCCAAGCAGAAGUACACCUCCAAAAAGAUCGCCAAGAGGAAGCGCGGCUACAUCAAGAACAAACUGGUCCUGAAGAAAGGCAGGAAACUGAACAAGAAGGCCGUGUAACAUAACGUUGGCGGGGAUUUAAAAAAGAGAAAAAUAAAAUAAAAAAUAAAAAAAUGACAUAAGCAAAGGAACCCACCAAUGAAGAAGAAGGGCCGUUGUCUGGAACCUCAGAACGCGUUUUGCCUUGAGCUCCGGGCCCCAAAGCGCCCCAGUGAAGUGGGGGUCAGAGGUCAUCUGUUCACCCGGGGUUGGCCAGCUCCAGAUUUAGUUUUACCGAGAGGACCUUUUUUUGGUUUUUGUCUUGCUUUAUUUUUUGAUCUUUUUUUUGUACUUGAAUGUGGUGGCGAGGCAGAGUGCUGCCCAGCUGGGUCGGUAGCAGGUAUUUUGUGGUACAUGUACUAUAAUCCAAUAAAUCUGGAAAAAAUCUAAACGGAAACAAAUGUGGUGAAUCUGGGAGCUAUUGCAACCAAAGAGCCCUCUUUCUUGCUCCUUGGCACAUGUAAACUUGUUACCUUUUUAAAAAAAGUAGGGAAAAAAAUCUAGUAUAGCAGAGUCGAGAGUUCCUGACGAAUGUGCUGACGAUGUACAAUAUGGAGGAACACCACUAUCUAGGUACAGCUUUCCUGUGUUGAUGCAUUCUUUUAGCUUGUUUUUGUUUGUCCUUAGGAGAAAAAUUCAAGUUAAACAAUCUAAAUGUGUAAAUAUGUUCUGUACAAAAAUGUCUAAUAGGGUUAUAUAAUAUAUAUUGGAAUAUCGUGAUUUUUAAUUCGAAGGUUUUUUUUGUUUAGUCUUUUUUUUUGUUUUUGUUACUAGUUACAAGAUUUUUUUUUUUUUAAAUCACAGCAGACCAUUGAAACAGCGAAUGCAAUAAGUCUUGUUGGUAGGGAUUUCAGAACUUGGUUUGAAGAAUGUGAAUUUUUAAAAAUACUUUUGUUGAUUCCAUCACUUAGAUUGUAUUAUUCUGCUGCUUGAUUAAAAAAAGAAGCAAAUGUUAUUUAAAAAAGAAAAAAGUUUAAAAAAUGUAGAUUAUUAAUUCUACCUCCCUCCACCAGAGGGAGCUCUCCUGUGAAUGAGGGCAGGGCUUCAGUCAGGAGUCUAUUGCCCUGUCACUUUGCUAUUCAGCUUCCUCCUGCCAUUCUCUUGUCUGUUCAUGAACUCAACACACAAUGAGCUAGAUUAAAGAAAAUUCAAAGACCGGUUUAGAAGCUGCAAUAAACGGCCCCUAGAGGCACAACCUUUCAUUACAAUAGAGUAGAAGAGCUGAGAAAAAAAACCCCUCAAAUUUGUUCAGAAGCAAAAAUUCACAGUUGAUGUCAGUUAAGCUAUUCCCCUCCCCACCCGUUUAGCAAAGCCACGGGUGAAACGACAAACCGUUUUAAAAAGGUGACAAGUCUACACAUUUACCGCAUGAGACUCCAGAGGGCUUUUGAUCAUCAUUUUAUCAUCACUACAGUUUACCUCCUGUUUUUAUCACAUAAUCUUUUAUUUUUUUCCUCAGGAGCCUUUGGGGGCGAAGUAUUGUUUUGUUUUUUUCCUUUGAUGUGCAAAUCUCCUUUUUCACAUUGUUUCUUUGUAUGUAAGAAGAAAAAAACAUUUCUAAUGACUAUGCCUUUCAUAGGCUUCUUAGCCAACCACAGAACAUCAUAUCGAUCAAGUGCGACUCAAACUUGAAUUUUACCAUAUUUAUUUACACGAAUGAGAAGUUAAAUUGUGUUUUUGCUUUUCCCUUCUUUCAUACUGUAGGGUAAAAUGAUGCUGGUGUCAAAGGUAAACGGAGAAAUUAAAUGGUUUGAGUGAAGCCUUAUAAAUGGGGUCUGAAAGACGUACAUUUUUUAUUUUAUAAUUGUCUUUUUUGGUGGGUGGGUUCAGGGCUUUCAUUUCGGUAGAUUUUUCUCCGCGUUUUCCAUGGUUGGACCCAGCUGUGUUUCUCAGUGGUGGAGCAGUGGCCAGUCUGUCUUCUUUCCCAGUUCUCUGAUCCACCACUGCGUUGUUACUGGGAACUUUUUUGUUUUUUGCUUUGGUCUUUGCCCCACUCUUCCUCUCCAAAUUUCACCCAGAUUUACAUUUUUACUUGUUGCUCAGAAGACUUGGUACUGUCCUGUUCGGAAGUAGACAAAAUAAAACCAACUUUGUGUAAUAAAA